AUGAAGGGUUUGAGUGUUGGUGGUGUUGUACGCCUUCCAGGAUGGGGUCCCCGUGACCACGCCCAUGCUUGGCCGGAGAAGUCGCCAGAGCGGUUGGAGGCCGCCUCAUGUUUAAUUUGGCAUGAUAUUCGAGAUAUCGCAGUAUAUUUUCAUAUGCUCCAACCGAUUGAUCCAACCUAG